AUGGGAAGUGAAGGGUGCGGAAUUGGUGGAAUCGGCGGAAUCAGUGGAAUCGGUGGAAUCGGUGGAACCGGUGGAAUCGGUGGAAUUGGUGGAAUCGGUGGAAUCGGUGGAAGUAGUGGAAGUGGAGGAAGUAGUGGAAGUAGUGGAAGUAGUGGAAGCAAUGGAGGUGGUGGAAGUGGUGGAGGUGGUGGAGGUGUGGCGGUCACGGGGGGUACGAAAACCACACAUAACCACAUGGCUAUCCUGGCAGCCACAUUCCCACGGGUAACGAAGAAAUCGAUGCCUAGUACCUGGUGUUGGCCCACUGGGAACUCUAAAGCUCCCCAAGCUGGCUCGAAGCACCAAGCAACAUCUCUCAUGUGGCUACUCGAUCCGACAGUAGAUAUCAAUUGA